AUGGAUAUUGUGAGCUGCGGCACAAUAAACGAUACCAAAACGUUAAUAUCUGAUCUUCUGUCAGAUUACAACAUCAACGUCCGACCAAUCGCAAACCAGAGUCAGGCUGUAAAUGUGACAGUACAGGCAUACAUAAAAAGUAUCCAAGAGUUCGAUGAAGUUCAAGGUAAAUUUUCAUUCAUUGGGGCUUUGAUGGUGAUGUGGGAGGACGUUAAUAUGGUUUGGAACCCUGCACUUUAUGGUCACGUGUAUGAAGUAACCUUGCUUUAUCCGAACGUAUGGAUUCCAGAACUUGUUUUGUCAAGUCCUUCAGAUGACGUGGAUAGUCUCGGUCAAAAAUGGAACAGAAUACGCUACUUGUACAAUGGAUUAGCCAUUUGGGUUCCGGUAGAUUUGAUCGAAAGCACAUGCUCUGUGAACGUACGCAAUUAUCCGUUUGACACACAAAAGUGUAUAACAUCGUUUAAUUCAUUAGGUUACAACGAGUAUGAAGUACAGCUUGUAGCGGCUACCGACAAAUUCAGUUUAGAAGUGUACCAGGAAAAUACAAUUUGGUCAAUAGAAAAGACAGAAGUGAAAAUAACUCAAACAGGUGGUGGUUCACAGAUUGAUUUAAUAAUAUAUCUGAACCGGAAACCGUCUUUUGUGAUCAUCAACGUUGUGAUGCCUAUCUUAUUUCUGAGUCUGUUGAAUGUUUUUGUGUUCCUCCUGAUUCCAGAGUCUGGGGAACGUGUUUCAUACUGUAUUACAGUACUCCUUGCAAUUGCAGUGUUUAUGACGAUCGUGAGUGACAUGCUGCCAAGGAGCUCGGAGCCAGUUCCUAUCAUCUCCUUUAAACUUAUGAUGGACAUGAUCAUUAGUUCUUUUAUUGUGUUUGUUGCAAUUCAGAAUCUGACAUGGUAUCACAGGGAUGAAAACGUUACUAUUCCUCCAUGGUUAAAAUCUGUAUAUAAACGUUUGUCAUGCGUAUGUUGCAGACACAAGAACAUAAUUCCAACGUUGAAACGAAUGAACAAGAAAAACAACACAAAGGUUAAAGUGAUCAGCGUCAGUGAAUUUGAAAAAGACCCGAUUGAGAAAAAAAUUAGUCGCCUUGUUGAGGAGCAUGUAGAGGAGACUGAAGUCACUUGGAAGAAAUUAAGCAUGCUGAUGGACAGGGUGGCAUUGAUUGGUUUUACUGCUGCCUCAUUUGCUAGCUUUGUAAUCUUCCUGGUUGUUACUGCCGUUACCUCUAGCUAA